CGCUCGAACUAGUCGAACUUCAGUGCGCCGUUAUAAUCGGUCGAACGCGUUACAGCAACUAUACCUUACGCGCCUACCUAUAUAUCGGCAACGUCUCAAUAACAACAACACAGGAAUUUACAAUAAUAUUAUUGUAAUUUAUGCGUGAAAACCGACGGCCGCAGAGUAUAAUACCGGCGAGCUUUUUUUAAUAUAAUAUAACUAUAAUACUAUAUGCGAGUUUAACCCUAAAGUAGUGCCCGUUUAGUUACUACGGUUUUUUUAUUUUUGUGAUGGAAGAAAACGCGCCGGGGCCGAGCACGCCACCUGCUGAACCGCCCGUAGUGGUGAACGUCCAAAAACCGUUGAAUAAUUCUUCGGUGACGCAGGGAUUCUUGGCCGUGAUUUCGUUGUUGCCAUGUGUGAUUUCCGGGGCCAUUUUGGGAUUUACUGGUGUGUCCAUGUGGAAUUUGCCACUGUCGUUUCGAAAUGCUACUUGGUUCGCUAGUCUGGCCGCUCUGGGUGCGGCAGGGGGCUGCUUGAUCUCUCACAGCUUGAUGAACGCGUUCGGACCCCGGGGCUCGGUGCUGCUGAGUCACGUGAUUUGCGCCAUCGGUUGGUUGAUGACGUUCAGCAGCUGGACCACCACAAACCUGCUCGUCGGCCGCGUGUUCACCGGCGUGUUCGUGGGCGUCGUGUCGGUGGCGGCCACCGCGCACAGCACCGAGUGUUUCCCGGCGCGACCCACCGCCCGGCCGGUCGUCUACACCGCCAUCGGAGUUCUGUGCAUGUACCUGGUCGGGUCACUGCUCAACUACGCUCAGACAGCCGCCGUGGCCAUGGUGGUCACCAUCGUGUCGUUCGUUCUCGUCCGGUCGUUCGUGCCAGAGAGCCCGGCAUGGCUGGAGUCCCGCGGCCGCACGGGUGACGCCGAGUACUCCAGGCUCAAGUUGAGACUCCAGCGGCAACCGGACGCCGAAUCGCUGGAAGACGGCGUGGAACCCUCGACCCGCAGUGCCGGAGACAGAUCUACAUCGACCGAGGCCAUCUACCGGAGUGUCCACCGGCCCGAGAUCUACAGGCCGUUGUUGACGCUGGCCUUGCACCUGGCCCUACAGCAAAUGUCCGGUCCGAUGGUGUUUGUGUCGUACGCCUCGCAAAUGGUGGACGACUCUGGCGUCCGCGUGCUCAACGGCCACUUCGUCGCGGCCGUGCUGGCCGCGUUCCUAGUUGCCGGCGCCCUCGUUUCCACCGCCAUGAACCACCGGGAAUCGUCGGCCACACUUGCGGCCGCCGGCACGCUGACGGCCGGCGUGGUCAUCGCCGUAUACAACCUGGUCCGCCGGAUGUUCCUCAACCGGCUCGGCUCGCAGCUGUUGAGCUUCGUCCCGUUGCUGGGCAUGAUCGUUUUUUCCAUGUCCAGCAGCGUCGGUCUGGUGCCUCACUCGCCCGUUCCACGCUACGCGGCGGGCGAACACGUGGCCCUAGCGUUCGGGUACACCGUCGCCUUCGCGGUCAUCAAGUGCUAUCCGUACGUGUACGCCGCCGUCGGCUGGUGGGUGUUCGCUGUUUUCGCGGUCGCGUCCGCCCUGAACAUCGUUUACGGCGUCUUGAUGUUUUCCGAACCGGAGUCGUCGUCCAAGCAGAAGCGAAGCACCGCGGCCAAACGAUCGUCGGUCGGCCCUGCGGUUUAACCAUAUAUAAAUAUACCACGGCGAUAAUACUCCGUUUAAAUAUAAUAUAUUACAUUUUUCCCCAUUCUCGAACACGAGAUUUGAGUACGACAUAGGAAAACGAUUUAGAACAUUGAACACGCAUACACACACACACACACUCUAAACUCACUCAGAUACAAUGUUUUGAAUCGUACUACUUAUUAGCUUAUUAUAUAGUGAUUAGAAUAAUUAUUGUAAUUAUUACGAAAAUGUCUGUGAAGAUUUAUCAUAUUAUAUUAUAUACACCUCCGUGCCUCCCAAUUUUAUUACAUAGGGUACCCAUAUUUUAUUCAAAAGUACGUUUUUAUAUAUAUUAUUAAAUUUUAUUGUAUAUUAUUUUACCAUUAUUUACGUGUAUGACCAUAUAUUAUAAAAUAUAAAUAUACGAUAUUCACCCGAUUUAAAUGUUGACAAUAUUACCUAUACAUCUAUACAAUUAUACCUAUAUUAUAUUAUAA